GCGCGCUUGUCUCCCGGCGAGGAUACCGGCGCGGGCCAUGGCUGUUGCUUCGUUCGUGUCCACGUUGGCCAAGCGGCUGCUCCGGCCCGCGCAGAGCUGUCGCCUCCGCCAUCGCCCCUUCCACCUCUCGACAGUUCGAAAUGAAGCUGUUGUCAUUUCUGGAAGGAAACUUGCCCAGCAGAUCAAGCAGGAAGUGCGGCAGGAGGUUGAAGAGUGGGUGGCAUCAGGCAACAAACGGCCCCACCUGAGCGUGGUCCUGAUCGGCGAGAAUCCUGCAAGUCACUCCUAUGUCCUCAACAAAACCAAGGCAGCUGCAGAUGUGGGAAUCAACAGUGAGACAAUUGUGAAACCAGCUUCAAUUUCAGAGGAAGAACUGUUGAAUUUAAUCAAUAACCUAAAUAAUGAUGAUAAUGUAGACGGCCUCCUUGUUCAGCUGCCUCUUCCAGAGCACAUUGAUGAGAGAAAGAUCUGCAAUGCUGUUUCUCCAGACAAGGAUGUUGAUGGCUUUCAUGUAAUUAACGUAGGGCGAAUGUGUUUAGACCAGUGUUCCAUGUUACCGGCUACCCCAUGGGGUGUGUGGGAAAUAAUUAAGCGAACUGGCAUUCCAACCCUAGGGCAGAAUGUGGUUGUGGCUGGAAGAUCAAAAAAUGUUGGAAUGCCCAUUGCAAUGUUACUACACACAGAUGGGGCGCAUGAACGUCCUGGAGGUGAUGCCACGGUUACAAUAUCUCACCGAUACACUCCCAAAGAGCAGCUGAAGAAACAUACCAUUCUUGCAGAUAUUGUGGUCUCCGCUGCAGGCAUUCCCAAUCUGAUCACAGCAGAUAUGAUCAAGGAAGGAGCUGCAGUCAUUGACGUGGGAAUAAAUAGAAUUCAAGAUCCCAUAACUGCUAAACCCAAGUUGGUUGGAGAUGUGGAUUUUGAAGGAGUCAGGAAGAAAGCUGGUCACAUCACUCCAGUCCCUGGGGGUGUUGGUCCCAUGACAGUGGCGAUGCUAAUGAAAAAUACCAUUAUUGCUGCCAAAAAAGUGCUGAGGCCUGAAGAGCGAGAAGUACUGAAGUCUAAGGAGCUCGGAGUGGCGACUAAUUAACUGUUGUGUCUUCUAUGUCAUGAACAGCACUCCAAGCCAGUUCAAGAGGCAACCACAGGCCAAUAGAAAUGCAGUAUUUUUUAUUUAUGUUACUGAAAUGGUUUAAAAUGAUGCUUUGUAUUUAUUGAAAGCUUAAAUGGAUGGGUGUUUAUGCACAUAACUCUGCAGUACCUCACCAGGGAGCACACCAGUGUCAUGCUGGGUCAUGUGAUCUAGCCACGAGAAGCCAUUUAACAUAGGGGACAUCGUCACAUUGAGAAUGGCUGCUUCACGUUGUCAAGCCACUUGCGUUAAAAUUUGCCUUUUCUAGGAUUGCAUUUCCCAAGUGCUAUUCCAAUAAGAGUUGAUGCUCAUUUUAGGUUCCAAACCUUUUGAGUUUACCUGGUCAGACCAAAGGAAAAAUGUUGCCAGAGAAAAUUAGGGGAAGGGUAAACGAGAAGAAAUGAUGGUAAUUGAGUAGAAAAAAAUUACCCUAGUUUAUAUAUGUAUUGACUGAUAACCAGAAGAAAAACAACAUGUUAAUAGUAUCCUAAGCUGUCAUUUUGUGGCUUAGUCAGGCAAUGUUUAGGGUUGUUCCAGGUGCUGUUAGCCCUCCUUUUAUACCAUUCAUGAGGUCUCCCCAUUUUAGUUUUCUAGGAUUGAAAGGCUUAUUUCAUAAAUUAUUUGUGUGUUUUGUCAUACUUGGCUUUUCCUAUAUGCUUAAACUUCAUUGUUCAAUUUUUGUACUGUUGGGAGUGUCUGUAUGGUUUCUUUGAUAUAUCUUGAAACCUGUUUUUGAAAAAAAAAACGUGGGUUUGAUAAUCGUUAGGGCAGCCUGGAUACAAGUAUGCAACUUACUUUUCCACCAAAGAAUUGUCAGCAGCUGCCUGCUUUUCUCUGACGCACCUGUUGGCUUUCCCUUGCUAGGUUUUUGAGAGCUUGAGUUAAUACUGAAUUUAAUCAGACUUUCUGAUUAAAGUGUUUUUUAGUUUGUUUUGUUUUUUUAAAUAAAACACUUCUGACUAGUGUGGAA